AUGCUCCGCCGUUCGCUGCCGUGGUCUGCCGCCGUGCCGCCGCUCCUUACCGUGCCGCUCCUUCCGCGCCUCGCCGCCUUUGCCAUUUAUUCGCCGUCCCUCCUGCCGUGCGUUACCGCCGUGCCGCCGUACCGCCGCUCCUACAGUGCCGCGCCGCCUCCCACACGCACACACCUUACCUCCUGCUCGACCGAGUUUGUGAUGAGAAGUGACCCGAGCCGCCGGGUGCGCAGCCGCAGGGGGGCGGCUGUGAGUGGGAGGGCGAAGGAGCCUGAGAGCGGCAAGAUCUGCAAGACCCGUACUGGCCUGCAAGGCGUCUGUGGGAUGGAUGCCACGGUCGGCGCCUUCGCGCCGUCUCCGCACCGCUUGCGCGUUGCGCCAGCCCGUCCCGCCGUCUGCCGGUGUGCGCCAAUCGUGGCGAGCGCGUCGGCCUCGGCUGAGGUGGCAGCGAGGACAGUGGUGGUGACCGACAUGGACGAGACGCUGAUAUCGAAGAAGAGCACGGGGUAUGUGAUCUCCUUCCUCGUCAGGCUGCGCUCCAUCCGCCUGCUCCUCGUGCCGCUCGUCGCCGCAGUGCUGAUUCCCGUCUCCAAGCUGUCGCGCACCUUUGCGGUGCGUGUCAUGUAUUGGUUCGCCUUCCGCGGCGUGCGUGUGGAGCGCGCCAAGGCGAUCGCCGCCGAGUUCCUCGCGCCGCGCUACGCCGCCGACCUGCAGGACCCGGUCGCCUCGGCCGUCCUCGCGGCGGACGACGCGAUCGUCAUCACCGCCUCGCCCGACUUCAUGGCGCGCCCGUGGCUCGAGCGGUACCUGCGCGUGCCGCCGUCGCAGGUGUACGGCGCCGUGCUCGAGGAGCGCGCGGGCCGCUUCACCGGCAAGACCACCCAGAUCCCCAUCGGCGAGGAGAAGGCGACGCUGCUCGCCUCGGACCCGCUCGCCACCUCGGCGGGCGUCUCGACGGUGGGGUACGGCGACCACCCGACGGACGUGCCCUUCAUGAAGGCGUGCGACCGCGCCGUCCUCGUCCACCCGAUGGAGCCUAUGCCGCCCGGCGUCGAGUACGAGCCGGCGCAGCCCUUCGACUCGGCCGCGCUAGGCUAG